AUGCCACCAAUGCUACCCGGAGUACAAGUGGAAGCCUUUUUCAGUAAGGAAUGGGCCACCACUUCAUAUUACAGGCAGGUGAUAAGAUAUCUUACACCGGCAGACAUCUCUGUGGUCCUCUACCAUGGGCAAGUUCAAUUAGAUCCAAAGGAGAUACGAAGCGAGACAGAAGACCAGCGAGAAGAGAGGAUACGCGAAGCGUGCCUUGAGGUGAUAAAAAGUGACAAGCUUGGUUCAAUCGUGAAAGAUCCACGCCUCACAGCGCCACCGUUUAUGGGGCUCCAAACAAUAAACAUUGGUCGAAUUCUGUUGGGUCUGUUGAGAAACGAAGAGAUUGCUGCUGCGAGUCUCACCUUGGAUGGCCUUUAUACCUCGACCCAGUUUAUACGAUUGUUAGUUCACGUGAACGCACCGGAAAGCGCACUAGAAGUUGGACCAAAAGACAGUAUCAGAGUGAUUGGGCAAUCAUUCGAACUCGAUGGUUCAAUGUCAUUUCAACUCUACUCAAUAGGCAACCCGGUGAAACAAGAGCAGACCAUCUCCACCGUCGAAGCUGGGUCUCUCGACUGGGAAGCGGCUAUUACGGCUCGCCCGUGGCAGGUUACAAUCCAGAUUGUUACGUGGGCGACACAAAGAGACCCAUUGAUUCAGGCCUUCAUGCGAGUGCCUGUCGACACACCCUCGGCUCUGGAGGAAGGUCAUCUCCAGAUCAUCUCUGAAGGCUGGGAUAGAGUCAGCGGUAUUAUAAAGAAGCUGCGAGAGAAAAGCUAUUUUGAACAAACCUAG